UGGGGUAGCCUACCCAUUAUUUUUCUUUUUGUGAUAACAACCGACCAUGGUGUUACUAGUGGACUAUUCCAAGCGGCGUGCCGAUGGUACGCCCCCCUCGAAUCGGUUCAUCAAGGACCGAAGCAAUCCCCGGGACGAACGGUUGUCUCCGCGACGAUCGAAUAUGGCGGAUGACCCAAGUGACAGUUCUUGCGAGACCGCAACCUUCGCCGAUGCCAAAUGCAAGGGGCCGUGUGGGUGUCCCGGACGACGGUGCGAGAAACGGUCUUCGAGUGGACGCCUGUGUCAACCAACACAACAACAACAACAACCUCAGUUGGAAGAAAGCGACGGCAAUUUGAGUGGGGACGGGGGAAUUCCCAUGCCGUGGCUUCCCAAAGACAGGAGUCUCAAGGAUAACAGCCAACAAAAGGAGCGCAACCUAAGUCCCCAACGAACAGAUACCGGCGGUUCCAAUACGAGCAAUGGUUCCAAUCUGUCGUACAAGAGACGAAGUUCGUGGACCAAAAAACAAGAAGAAAAACAAAAACGAAACGAGCGAAAGAGCCAAUCACCACCACCACCAGCACCUCAGUCUACUACUACUACUUCACCCCGAAGGAAGAGUGGCAAUAAAAACAUCCUAAACAACAGCCACAACAGCCACAACCACAACCACAACAAGGCUGCCGUGGUGAAACCCAACAUGGGACGACGUGUUUCCCGGGCCGAUCGACGACGCGAAACGGACGUGGCCCAAAAGGAAAUUGACGCCGUCAAAUUGGACGCCGAAGCGGCACGUAAAGAAGCGCAAGCCGCUCGUAAAGACGCCGAAGCUACUCGUCUCGAGGCAAGAGCGACACGAUUGGAAUCAGAUGCGCUGCGACUCGAAGCCGACGCGGCACGAAAGGAAGCUCAAGCCGCUCGCAUGGAAGCCGAAUUCCUCAAGAAACAGUCCGAACGACAUACACCACAACCGUCCCGAUCGUUGGGAUCCAUCACGGAUGACGACGAGGAUGAUGAUCUUCCCGAUUUGUCGACCCAUUCCAAGUUGCCCAUUCCACUUUCACCCUCGCAGAAACCCAGUCGACGCGUGUCGUUGGCGGAACGAAGACAAAUUUCGGUCGAUGCCGAAAAGGCUAGCAAGCUCAACAAGAAACGUCAAGAACAACUGCGGAAAUUGCUCGAUGAAUCAGAGGCAAGUCAAUUAACGUCCGUGCCAGAAACGACACCGGAUUGGGCCACCAAAUGGGCCAGUAGUACAUCUGCCUUGCCACCACUUACCGGUACGUCAACCCAUAAUCCCCUGGACAAGGACGAUUCCUCGGGGCGACGACAGCAGUCGGUACCCACAUGGGCCACGCAGUGGGCCAGUGGUGGUGGAGCUGCUGUUGGAGGACAACAACCACUGGGCAAGACAAGUGACCAUGCCGAACGGGAACGACAAGCAUCACUGCCCGAUUGGGCCAUGAAGUGGGCCAAUGGCAACACCAAUGGACCACAACCCAAAAACAACAACAAGAGUGCACUCGGAGGAACAGGCGCCGCGCCGGAUUGGGCCAACCAGUGGGCCAGUGGUAACAAUAACAACAACACCAACAACAACAACAAGACUGUCAGUGCACUGGGAUCAUUAUUAUCGACAAGAGCAUCGCCCGCCGACUGGGCCAAGAAGUGGGCCGAACAGAACCGGAGGUCGUCCAGGAAACUAAAGCCAGAAGACCUACUAGAGCCAGAAGAUUUAAAAGAACUAGAACAAGAGCAAGAAGAAGAAGAAGAAAGGGAAGUCAAUCCAAAACGAAGAGUUUCU